CGCAGUCAACGAGGCAAAAACACAGUACCACAACCUGGCACCAAGCAGGAGCAGCAUUUAGAGAGUCCACACUGUGCGUAAAGCCUGUGUGUGACAGUGACUUUAUAAGACAAUAGAUUAAAGUGAGCGUCUGCGUCUGUGUGUGUGUGUGUGUGUGUGAGAGAGAGAGAUCCGCUGUGCGUCUAGAAAGGAUUUAAUAAGGUGGUCCCCCUGUCAGACACCAAUUCAUUUAUCGGAGAGUAAAACAGUUAAAGGGAGGGAGGACAGAGAGGAGUCAGUGGGGACUGUGGUGGCUCUGGAGAGCUGUCACUUUCUCUCUCUCUCUCUGUGUCUCUGUGUGUUUCUCUGUGUGUGUGUGUUUGUGUGUGUGCGGAGAGGGAUUAUCAGUACGCACGUUACGCGGAGCGCAGUUUUGGUGAUGCAUUCAGUCGGGAGAAGUGCAGCGGGGAGCAGCGAGCGUCAACCCGGACAUUCAGCGGCAUAAUCGGCGCAAAGAGGAUCCGGCUGGUUUUUUCGGGGCACCUUCUCUUGCGCAUCAGGGGGAUUUCAACCUCAUUGUGUGUUUUUAUUUACUUUGGAUGAAUCCCCCUGUAUUUGUGCAGAGUGAAAGUCACGGAUGCGCACCGCUGAACAAAGGAUUUAGGGGAAAACGAUCAAGAAUCUUUUCCACAUUUUAAUCCCGACAACCCCCCCGGGUGUGUUUCGUCUCGCCCCCCCCCUUGUUUGGACCUGUUUGGACUCGGCAUUCAUGCCCUUUCUGCCCGUGAAGACAACGGACACGGGGCUGAAUAACCGGAUCCUCUAGUUUCCAACCUGGAGCAGGAGGAAUCAUCUGGGCUGCUCGCGUACAGGUCCAUGUGGAUGGAGAGAGAAUACGCAAACAGAGCGAGCGCAGCUGACUCCGAAAUGUGACAUUUUUUACUCUGGUCUCCCAUCGUACCUGACAACUGUGCAUCUGCCUUCGUCCUCGAUCGGAUUUGUUUACAUCGAUUAAGCAACAUGCUGGAAGGACUGUGUGUGACCUCUUGCCCGGGCUGGUGUGUAUUUAAACCUACCACUCUCCCCUGACGGCCUGACCGUGUAACUCUCCUUGACUUACUGGCGUGGAGCGAGAAUAUGAAGCUGGGAUAUUCAGUGUCCUUUAUGUGAGAUGGCGUUCCUCCCGGUCCUCCUCCUGCUGCUGCUGGCUGUUGCUCAUCGUGCCACUAGUCAAAUCUCGGAGGACUCUGAGGCUCUUCCAAGAGGCUGUGGCUGGGGCCUUGUGCGCCCCUACACCCUCCUCUGUGACCUGGACUCCAUAUGGGGUGUGGCUGUCGAGUCGGUGGCUGCUGGUGGGGCGCUGACUGCCAUCUUACUAGCCCUAGUCCUGCUGUGCCGUUUACACCAUAUCAGUGAGGCUGAGAAGCGCAGCGGUGUGGGACCCAUCCUCCUGCUGCUACUGGGCAUCCUUGGCUUGUUCGGUCUGAGCUUUGCUUACCUGAUCGAGCAGGAUGAGUCUUUAUGUUUGCUUCGCAGAGCCCUGUGGGGUCUACUGUUUGCAGUCUGCUUCUCCUGCUUGCUGGUGCAGGGCGUCCGCCUGCGUAGGCUUGGUCGCGAGCGCCGGAGCCCUGGAGGCUGCGCCCUAACAGGCCUUGCACUGGGUUUAAGUGCUGUGCAGGGCAUCAUCGCCGCUGAGUGGCUUCUUCUGACCGUGCUGAGGGAGGGGCGAGCUGCCUGUCAGUACCUGCCACUGGACUUCUCACUAGCCUGCAGCUACGUGCUAGCCCUACUACUAGCCGCGCUGACUGCCGCCUCCCUGGCCCUGUGUGGGAAGACACGUCAGUGGCGCUGCAAUGCCGUGUGGCUGCUGGUGACCUGCCUGCUGUCGCUGCUGCUGUGGGUGGCCUGGGUGGGCUUCUAUCUGUACGGCAAUGCCUGGUUGGGGAGGUCCCCGGACUGGAAUGACCCAGCACUGGCCAUUGCUUUAGUGGCUCAGGGCUGGCUGCUCCUGAUCUUCCAUGCCAUUCCUGAAUCCCACAUCUGCCUGAGACCCCCUCCACAGCCAACUGCCCCGGAUUACUUUGACACCUCCCAGAACUCGACACGCAUGAGGGAGACCAGCUUCGACGAAGACAUCCCUCUCUCUCAUAGGCAGUUUGUGGAGAACCAGGGCUACGGAUACAACGAUGAGAACACUGCAGGCUUGAGGAGCGGUAGCGGUGCUGGACAACAUAACAGUAACACCGGGGCCAGGCCCAGCGCUCCUUUCCGCAGCAACGUCUACCAGCCCACCGAAAUGACCAUGAUCCUGAACGGGGGAGCGGUGCCCUCUGCCCCUCCAACCUACACGGGGAGGCAGCUGUGGUGAGUGAGAGGAUUGGAAAGAAGAUGUGUGGUAGAAAAUGAAGAGAAGAAGAAGAUGGAGAGGAUGGAGAGAGUGAUGAGGGAGGGAGGGGCCCGGAACAAGGGGCCCAUCUGGUUGAAUUGGACUGUGGACUGCCAACAGGACCCUUUUCACUCUGUGUACAGACUUAAACACUGACUGUGUGCCAAUCAACUAUUGUAUGAGUGUGUGUGAGACUGAGAGAAAGUAGGGUAUGGAGGACAGAGCUAAAGCUCUUCUAGCACACAAAUCUCUAUAGAAGGGUUGAAAAAACUCAACCAGCAAGUAGGAAAACAAACACACGCUGACUCAGAUCUGAAAAUAUCAACAUGCAGUAUAUUUUUCUUUUUUGUUUCAUUUGCUCCCCUGAGACUACAGCACUGUAAGCAUCCUUGAAAACUGUGAAAUCUAUUGCUUUUUCCUGCUCUCUCUCUUUCCUGUCAGUCAGGAUGUCUUUUCUGCUGCUCCUCACAAUGCUGGCGCUCAAGUGGAAAACAUUUGGCUCUGUCCUCCAUCCAUCCACAGCGUAGGUGAAAGACAGAGCACAUGGGCAACUGUACAGCUCGAGCACCGCCCUCUUAAAAAGAAUCCAGCCUCUGUGGGUGUGUAUGUAGAGUAUAUGAGAGGGAAGAAAAAGUGUGUGUGUGUGUGUGUGUGUAUUCCCUACACCUCAACUCUGCCACUCCGACAAACCUACCCUCUCCAGACUGUUACCCCUCGGCUUCACCCGUGAACACGUCCUCCUUCCUCCCUCUCCAUCUCUGUUGCCUGGUUUGCAUUUCUCUGCACCGUCUGUGAAUAUAACACAUAACUCUUCUCACCUUGCCCCAUCCUCCCAACUGCAUGGACACUUGGCAAAAUGUGAAACAAACUGUGAAGCCUGAACUGCGGCCGGAAAAGACGUUCCCGGUGAUCGCACACGCAACAAAAGCAGCCUGAGCAGAGGGAUCACAAGCUGCUAAUGAACUGCUGUUAUACACACACACACACACACACACACACACACAUAUAUAUAUAUAUAUGAUUGCAUAGAGUGGAUUCUGAUUGGACGAGGAGGGUGUCAGUCAUCAGCAGGGAAGCACCGCUUCAUGAAUCUAGGUCAGACUACUGUGUGCUGCUCUCCCACAUCUCCGGUGGCCACUGGCGGUUUGAACCAGCCAGGAGAAACUGUCACUUUAUAUCAGCAGGAAACGGAGCGAGGAAAUGAAAUGGUCUCCUGUUCUUAGUUCCUCUAUCUGUGUUUUACGUGUGCGUACGUGAGUGUUGUGAUUUUAUGAGUGUUGGGAGUUGAAUUCAAAAUCAAGGUUGCUUUCUGGUGCUAAAUAUCCCUCCACAUGGCUUCCCAGUGAGGCACAGAACCACAGGAACAACACUGAUGCAGAUCAAACUGUGAGUGACAGACUAUAUAUAGAGCUGUGUGUGCUGGUGUGUGGAGAUAUCCUAGAGCCUCAGAAGGAUCGGAUUUACAGUGCAAGGUAGAAAGAGAAAGAUCAAAUGGAUAGGAAGAGCGAGGAGGAAGGAGAUAGCGAGAGGCGGUCCGAGGGGAGUGUAUGCGACAGUGUAAUCCCUGUGACUCCCCUUCAGUCAGCCCGAUCUGUGUGAGAAAAUGGCUCCCCGUCUGUGUGUUUGUUUGUGUGUGUGUGUGUUUGUGUGGCUGAUGUGGGGGCGGCCCAUGCUGCUCUGCUCUAUGUGGUUGUCUUCUUCAUUUGGUGAAGCAUCUCUCCCUCCUCCUCCUCCUCUUCAUCAUCCUACUCCUGUCUCUGUGUGGUGUGCUAUAGCUCAAGUCUCCGUGCCAAGAAGGACUCUUGUUUCACCGGAGUCUCCGUUUCACGCCCUUUCCCUUCAUCGUGACACCAGCUCUCUCUCUCUCUUCACCCGAGAAGCUGUGUACAUAGUAGUGCUGUAAAGCUUUGCUUGCUUUACUGUUUUUUUUUAACUGUAGGCUGAGUUUAGACACCAGUGUCAUAUGACUGACUACUGCAAAUUGUUUUUAUCUGAGGAUUGUUUUUUUUAACUGGUUUGCUUUGUGUUCAUACAUUUGCUUGUUGUCGCAUUAUGAUUUGAUUUUUCUCUUGCUGGUGUCUUUUUAUUUUCUAAACUAGCAUUUUGGAACUGUUUUGCCAACACUAGAUAUGCUUUUAUUAUUAUUUUUUGUUUGAUUAAUGUUCAAGGAAAUUAUAAGAGUUGUCAUUUAUAGGGAUUCAUUCAGUUGUACCUCCUGCACUCCACUCUUUGCUGUAACAGUUACGGGGAUACAAACAUUAUUAUUUUUUUCACAAAAAUGACAAUGGCUGUGAAUAACUUUUGGCACUUCAUGCAGUAAACAAUAAUCAAUCUGUGAUACUUUAGGAAUAAUUAUAAAAAACUGAGCAGGUAGGGCUAAAAAAACCCAAACUUUAAGCCCACCAACAGUUAUUUAGUUGACCCCCUGGUCUUAUAGAAACCCUUGACUAAGAAAAGAAUAAAGGUCAACCCUUAACUGCUGUUAUUAUGUUUAUGUCUUACCCACUGGCUAUUCUAAAAUAAGACUGGUACCAGCAGGCCAGCUCCAUGCCCAAAGAGAGCGUGUCCUGCUAUGUCAGGCUCUGUUUGGGCCUGAUCAGAAACAGGCUGUGGGACCCAAAUCUGUGCAUCGUAGCCCACGAAGAAGAACUGUCCUCAGGGUUUUGGAUGGUCAACAGUAACGUAACAAAGUCCUGUGAGUCUCAGCACUCAGAGCGGAGGGGGGAGGUUUCAGUUCUUGUGAUGAAUUCACUCAAUGUGGAACACAAAAAAAAAAGAAUAAUAACAUGUGACUUUGUAGAUUUUGCACUUGUCGACUACCUAUCUGUGCAUGCUUAUCACCAUUUCUACAUGUAAGACCUUUCUCAGACGUACUUUUGAAUACUAUCUCUAUUUAUGUAAGGGUCAUGUGACAGCAAUCAUAAUUUCAGUGUAUAUCAGAUGACACACUUAAUGUCUGUGUUUUCUUAAACACAAAAGAGAGCUGGCUCUUGAGAAGCAAAGAGAUUAAAGUCAGGGGGGGGGGAAUGGUCCAAAAUAGUAAGAGUCCCCAAAAAGGAACACAAUGCCAUCAUCACUGGACCUAACAAUAACUUUCCUCUGUUAGUUUGAAGUCUGGAGAGGAAAAAAAAGAGAAAUCUUCUGACUGAUAUUGUCUCUGUGUUUAAAAUCAAAUAGACUGUGGUGAAAUUUGCACAAAACCUCUAUAUGUUAAGUUUGUCAUCCCUGGGCAGCCCACUGAACACCCUUCCUCCUUGGGUUUGACAUGUCCUUGCCUGUCCUCUCCUGAUUUGUCUUGCCUUCAGACUGUUCCAGCGGGGCAGCUGACAGGGGUGAUAUUGGUUUUCACAGCUGUGACUGUGCAGUGACGCAGCAUGCCUAUGUAUAGAACUUUAUUCCCCUGAUUAGAAAAAGAAAAAAACAGUUAACUCUCUUGUUUCUGUAACUGAAUCAGGAAAAAAAAAAGUUCAAUAAAGGUGUCAUGUUUGUAGUUAACUUUUAA